UUGAAAUGCGAAGUGCUCAUGUAAAUCGUUGCUAGUGCUUUAUUCAAUACCAGGAACAGUGCGGCUUCCAUUAAAUCAGUUUUGGUAUACAAUCCUCUUCCAUGGAAUCGUGGCAACUCUGACUCGUGAUUGUCGCCAUCUUAGCUCGCCUUCUUCCCUUCAUGAUUGACAAUCCCCACGUGGAUUCCUUCUUUCUGAACCCUUCAAUUCCCACGUGGAUUCCUUCUUUCCGGACUCUUCAAUCCGAGGAGUUAGUUGCAAGAGCACGCAAUGUCGAAGCGCUUCUGGAACCGAAACCAGCGCUCGGUGUCCCUGCCCAGAAGCGAGUUGGUCGAAAUAAACCCCAUGGUGCCCGGCAGGAGCGGCGCGGCGGAGGGAGCAGCCGCACCAUCUUCAUCCGGACCGCGGAUGACGGUGGAGACCCUGUUUCGCACUACUUCCUCGCCGCGCAACGGGUUCCCAAAGUUGGCUGGAAGACCCACUUUUGUCCGAACUCCGAAGCAAAGCUCCACGUCUAAGAAUUUGCCGAAGAUGCGUGGUUCUCUGCUCCCCACCAAGUCAGUUGGAACUUCGAGUAAGUCGAGCAACAAGGAAAACCUGCAUCAUCGCAAGCCAGGAAGUCGCCACCUGGCUGCAACUCCCUCAAGACGCCCACCGCAGAUGGAUGAGUUGGGUCACGACUGGCGGAAAUCAUUCCAAGGAGAAUCCGCCCGGGAGAAUAGUAGUAGCCCCCAGCUGACCAGUACACAAGUUGCUUCCACAAGUUCUACUGUCAUUUCAAGCGACGACGACGAUUACCCCGAUUUAAAACUGGCAAUCCUUGGGAAAAGGAUCCACAAACUCACAGGAAAGGCACCGAAAAAGGCUGCCAAAGAUCACAAGGCAGGAAAGGUUGCCCCUCCAAGGAGUCUAGGUGCCAAGAUCAAGGCCACCAGCCAGGUGACCGAUCCCAGGCGCAGCAAAGUGGGUGCUUGCGACUUCGUUUACCAUCAGAACCUGAAAGAUAAGAUCGCUGUGACGACGGUGAUGCCCCAGUUCUAUGCCCUUUGGGACUCCUCUCCCCCGCCAGAUUGCCAGCCGUCGACCAGCAAGUUGAAUUCACCUCAGAACUCGAAGAGUCUGCCGACCAGUGACGCGGACUUCCUCUUCAUCGAGGACCUGGAAAACAGGCGGGCGGUGGAAAACCUGAUGCCCGAGCUGCUGACGCCUCCGAAAGCCUCCUCUUUGCGGCCGCUGGAAAGGAAUCCCCCGACUCGGGACUUGUCUUCCUUGUUGGGCGACGACGAUCACUUCCCGCUUAGCAUCUCCGCCGGCGAGAGCUCGCAAAGGGAUCCAUUGUGGAGCUCCACCUGCAUUCGCUGGCAAGAAAGGAAGGAGCAGCACUGGGACGGCGCUUGGCGGGAGAACGACCUGUGUGAGAGCGCCAUGCGGGAAAUCCCAGUGCCAGCUGCUCCUCCGGAGAGCGUGGAGAACUGGCGAGCCGUCGAGAGCAUCUGCAUGCGAAUGCGGGGCGUCGAUGUGCCGGACAACCAGGGUUUUGUGGAGGAGGAGCCCUCCUUCGAUGAGCUGCUCGAUGUGCUCGGCGUCUGGGAGCAGGAGGCCAAGCAGGAAGCCAAGAACUAGUGGCAGAGCAACUGUUCCUUCCUCAGAGAUCUACAUAUAUGAGCAGCAUGCUGCGUUUAACUUCAGCCUUAAGAACCUGCACUCUAAGUACCCAAGCUCUUUUUUUUUAGUAAACAAUUGUAACUAUUUUUUUUGAAGCAAGAUACAAUUUAUUAUGAUUAUCCGCCGAGCUAUUCAAUAGUUGUAUUACCUGCGCAUUUCUGUGGCCAAAAACCAAUAUUGCCGCAAGAACUUGUGAAGUCUGCCAUGUUAGGCAAAUGUUUUAAACCAUUCCUCGCUCACUCCCCGCAUUUUGCCAGCUUGUAACAAUAAAUAGUGAGUGCAGCUGCAGCAACAAUGGCUGGUAAAAACAGCAAUGGCAUCAAUUUUUUGUAACAUGUUGCCAAACAUGGCAAGCGACGAGACCACGCCCACCGCCUGGAGCAGAA